ACUAACGUUGCGAAAUGAUCAAUCUUUAUCGCCGAUGAUCCUAGCUACUUGUUUGUCAAGAAAUUUUGCAACUCGUAUUUUAUUUAACGUUCAACGGAUUCACGAAAAAAUGGGUCCUCUUGAAACUGCCAAAAAGGCUGCGGCUUAUAGAGCCGUCGAUGAGUACGUACAGAAUAACAACGUGAUCGGCAUUGGUUCUGGAUCUACUGUUAUUUAUGCUGUUCAUAGACUCGCGGAACGUGUUAAAGAAGAAAAUCUGAAUGUUGUCUGCAUUCCUACUUCGUUCCAGGCUCGCCAGCUAAUUGUGAAUCACCAUCUCACGUUAGGAGAUCUUGAAACUAGUCCGGUGUUAGACUGUGCUAUCGAUGGAGCUGAUGAAGUCGACUCGGAACUGAAUCUGAUAAAAGGUGGAGGGGGUUGUUUGCUUCAAGAAAAAAUUGUUGCUUCAUGUGCGGAUAGAUUAAUUAUAAUAGCUGAUUAUACGAAAAAUUCACAGAAACUUGGCGAGCAGUACAAAAAGGGGAUUCCAAUAGAAGUCGUUCCUAUGGCGUAUGUGCCUGUACAGCGAAAAAUUGAAGACAAUUAUGGAGGGUCAGCAAAAAUUAGGAUGGCUGUAGCUAAGGCUGGACCUGUGGUAACAGACAGCGGUAAUUUCAUCCUGGACUGGCACUUUCCUCACGAUAUUUCUGACUGGGAGAAAAUUAAUAUAGCAAUAUCGAUGAUACCUGGAAUCGUAGAAACCGGUCUGUUUGUUAAAAUGGCUUCUAAGGCAUUCUUUGGAAUGGCAGAUGGCAGCGUUAAGGAACAAUCAUGAAAUAUAAAAAAAUGUUUCCACUCCAUUUUGAAAGCAUUGCAAAUAAUAAUUAAAUCAUGUUCUCAAAGAGAAGUUAAGGCGUGCAUUUAAGUGAAGCAAAUAAUGAGACUGUUCGGCUUGCCAUCCAUAGCAAGGAUAACUAUUUCUCGUAUUUAUAAAUAUAGCCUUUGUACAUCUUGAUACAUAUACAUAUAUAUUUUAAUAUUUCUAAGGCUACAUCAAAUAAAGGUGACGUGUACAUCGUUUUUUGUCAAAUUCACUGAAUUAAAUAACGUUCAUAUAAAAAAGAAAAAAAC